CCGAGUCAUCUUCCAUCACCGAAAGCAAAACCACCAUCAUCUGCAAAACUCACUGAAGCACAGAGAGUGAGAAAUCAGCUACCAUGUCAGGAAGAGGAAAAGGAGGCAAGGGUUUGGGUAAAGGAGGAGCGAAGCGUCACCGGAAGGUUCUGAGGGAUAACAUCCAGGGAAUCACCAAGCCUGCGAUUCGCCGUCUCGCAAGGCGUGGCGGUGUGAAGCGUAUCAGCGGUCUCAUCUAUGAAGAAACUCGCGGUGUUCUCAAGAUCUUCCUCGAGAACGUUAUUCGCGAUGCUGUGACCUACACUGAGCACGCUCGCCGUAAGACUGUGACGGCGAUGGAUGUUGUUUACGCUCUCAAGAGGCAGGGCAGGACCCUCUAUGGUUUCGGUGGUUAGGGAUUUAGUGUUCACUGGUCUUCUAGGUCAUGUAAUUUGAUGUUGAAUUUAAACAAUGUAACACCUAGUUACUUUCCCCAAUGAUUAAUAGAUGCUUAGUUCCUGUUUUCAAUUGAUCUAUAUUUCAUGUAAAUCAUGGUUCCCGCAAGUGUUCACUGUUCUGAAUCAAAGUUUAAUUAGCAUCAGUUUAUCAAUUUGCUCAAUUCAA